UUCAGGCGCAAAAACCGACAAACGCCAUUUUGGUCGAAAAUAAACCAUGGCGACCAUUACAUAGUACUGGUGCCGUAUUUACUGACAGCAUAUCUGUUUCUUUGCAAAAGCCGACACCUACUUCAUAAAACCCACAACAAUUCCAUGAUUCGUUUCAGAAACCGACAAGUGACGGGUAUCAUUUUUCGCAAAUACCGACAACUCCAUUUAUCCAAUCUAUACGCCGUAAUUAGUCACGUGAUUCAACAUGGCAGCGCCCAGGAUCCCUCUCAUUACUCACUAAAGUUUCUACGUAUUUUAUCGAAAAUGUCCUUUAAUAAUGGAGAACUUUGAUGACAUUGACGAGACAGUGGUAUUAUCACCAAUUGGGCGUAAACGGGAGAACAAUUCAGGCAAUUCUGGACGCUCCCUUGCAAAAAACGCGCGACAUAGUGGUGCUGAAAAACCUGCUAGCAUUUCGUGUGUACAUAAUGUACGUAAUGUGUGCUUGGCGACUUCCCUGUCCAAUGAUGAUUUAACCUACGCACAUGAUCGGUUAUAUUCUACUGAAAACAAGGUUACUCAGGAUGCCACCCUGCUUUCUUACAUGGAUAUCGGUAAAUGUGUGCGGAGGCGACCAAGGAUAGACGAUUCUUCUAAAAUUAAGAGGAAUAGAGAAAUUUCAGUGAAGUACUUCACUUUGACUGCAAACAAAGAGAAGAUACCAGUGUGCAAGGCCUCAUUCAUGAGCAUUUUCGGUGUCAAGAAAGAUCGGUUAGCGAAUAUUGCCAAAUAUUGGUCAGAGAAUGGAGUUGCGAGACCAGAACAUCGUGGAGGUGUGCGAAAUGUGGAGAGGAACCUUGCCAGAAAGCAUGCCAUUCGUGACCACAUCACAACGUUCACUUGUCGAGCUAGCCAUUAUGCUCGGCGUGGCGCCCCUGGCCGGAAAUACUUACCAGCCGACCUGAACGUCAAAAAGAUGCACCAAAUGUUUCAGGAUCAGAAUAAUUUACAGAUAUCGUAUUCACUAUACUACAGUGUUUUUGUCUACGAUUUCAACUUGGCCUUUGGUCAUCCUGCUGUGGAUAUAUGCAGCACAUGCCUGAAGUUCAGGCUACAGCUGAAGAACCCAUUCAUCACAGAUGAUAAUAAACGGAAUUGUUCGGCCAUGUUCAUUCUUCACAGGCGUAUGGCAAGGAGAUUCUAUGACAGUUUAAAUAAUGUCGAGGAUUCAUUCACCGUUUGUUUUGAUAUCAUGGAGAAUCUUGUUCUUCCGAAGUCUCCCAUAGGACAAACCUUCUAUUCUCGGCAGCUCUACCUCUAUGUUUUUGGUGUAGUUCACCACCGCGGCCGAGGUCUUCCACAGGGAAAAGAUGACAUUCACCUAUACAUAUGGUUAGAAAGCCAGAACCGCAAGGAUAGCAAUAUGGUGGCUUCAGCCUUAAACCAUUUUUUCAUUUCUGUUGUGGGGGACCAACUGAAAAGGAAUCAACACUUGCGCUUGUUUUCAGACUCCUGCUAUGGCCAAAAUAAAAACAUCAAUGUUUUGUCGAUGCUGUGUGCUAUGCGAAAACAGAACUUUCCACAGCUGAGCAUCGAAUACACAUUCCCUGUCCGAGGCCACAGUUUUCUUCCAGCAGAUAGGGUAUUCGGGAGGAUCGAGCAAGACAUUAGGAAAAAUAAUACUAUUCUCCUACCUGAUGAGUAUGUUGCUAUUCUAAACAAACACGGCAAAGUACAUGAGUAUUGUACAGAUUGGCAAUGUCGCGAUUUCAAGACAGCUGCAGCAGCGCAUUGCAAGUCCCAGAGGUCCUUCAAGAUCAGCGACGCCAAGGUCCUACGCAUCAAUUCGGAUCAAGUUGGUUUCAAGCAAGUCUAUGGUGGUGACUUUUGUGAACACGUUAUUCUCAAGAAGGGUAGAAAAUGGGAGAACUUCAAGCCAGCCAUCACUCCCAUGGUCAACUGUGUGAAGCCUGCCAAGAAAGUUGAUGUCCUCAAACUUAUUGAUGAGAUUGGUGCAGCUGACACUGUCCGGAUCUUUUAUGAGAAUAUCUUCGCCGAUGUCGGCCAGCGUGACAUUGGCAGACAGGACCUCGAGGAAAGCAGUGAUGAGGACUGAACUGUCAUUGGUUGGUUUCAAGCCAGUGCUACAUUAUAUCCUACUUGAACUUUGUGUGGCGAUACUAGUCACAAACUGUAUAAACCUUAAGAACCUUGACUCUCUUUCAUGGCGGUGAUUAUUCCUUUGUAGUUAAUAUCAAUCUGAUUAGAUUUCUAGUCAUAUGAAUGUUUGUUUCUUCAAGGACCUCUUGUUUUGUUAGAUUAAUACUGAUUUAUGUUGAAUAUUGAAUAACAGUCAUAAUAUUUGCCAUUUUUAACAUAUUUGUGUACUUUGAAACAUAUAAUGUUUCGACCAUUAUUUGAAGAAAAAAAAAUGUAUGGAUUUGUCUGUUUUUGCCGUAAAACGGAAUCAAAAACUACAUUUUUCUACUUUAUUAAUAAAUUAAUAUUUUUGAAAUUCUGUCCUUGGUUUACUUCACUUAUAACAAUUCAGAAUCACCCUAUACUAAAUUGAUAUGCUUAACCUAGAAAGCACACCAAAAAAACCUCUUUUACAGAAAAUGAUCAAAAUGGAUUUGUCUGUUUUUGCAUCUGAAC